GACGAAACGACGAAUCCCUGCAACGCGCGGCGGCCACUGCUCGAACUAUUCAGAAACUAAUUUGAUCGCUAGCGGCCUCUGGCGAGAGUUUACUGAAGCGACGGGCUUUGCUGUGCUGCCGUUUUGAGGGCGCAACUGCACAACAUGCAAAAGACAGAUUUCCCCAGCUAUAGUUCCAGUCGCAGCAGACACGUCCCGCUCUCUUCCAAGCGGGAGAUGUUCUUCCGCGAGGGUCCCCCGGUGCCCGGCACGGUUCCGGCAGCUGCGCCUCCGCCGGGUUCGGCACCGAGAGAGGGUGGCACCUCGCCGUACGCCAGCAACGGGCGCCACGAGGCGGAGGGCUACGUCGGCUUCGCCAGCCUGCCAAACCAGGUGUACCGGAAGGCCGUUAAGAAAGGCUUCGAGUUCACUCUCAUGGUGGUCGGGGAGUCCGGCCUGGGCAAGUCGACGCUGCUCAACUCGAUGUUCCUGACGGACGUGUACUCGAACGAGUACCCGGGGCCCUCCCAGCGGGUCAAGAAGACGGUGCAGGUGGAGACGACGCGGGUAGUGCUGCGCGAGGGUAGCGUGCACCUCUGCCUGACGGUGGUGGACACGCCGGGUUUCGGGGACGCCGUGGACAACAGCCAGUGCUGGCAGCCCGUGGCGGACUACGUCGAGGCCCAGUUCGCCCGCUACCUGGACGCCGAGUCCCGGGUGCACCGCUCGGCGCUCUCCGACGGACGGGUGCACUGCUGCCUCUACUUCAUCGCCCCCUCGGGUCACGGGCUCAAGCCCCUGGACGUGGAGUUCAUGAAGCGCCUGCACGACAAGGUGAACAUCAUUCCCGUGGUGGCCAAGGCCGACACCAUGACACCCGAGGAGUGCAGCCUCUUCAAGAGGACCAUUCUUAACGAGAUGACUCAGCACAAAAUCCGACUCUACGAGUUCCCCGACUGCGAUGACGAGGAGGAGAACAAGCGCCAGAAGCCCCUCAGGGAGCGGGUGCCCUUUGCGGUGGUGGGCAGCAACACGGUGGUGGAGGUGAACGGCAAGCGGGUGCGCGGCCGCAAGUACCCCUGGGGGGUCGCAGAGGUGGAGAACAUGGAGCACUGUGACUACCUUGCCCUGCGCAACAUGCUGCUCAGGACCCACAUGCAAGACCUAAAGGACAUCACCAACAGCGUGCACUACGAGAACUACCGGUGCCGCAAGUUGGCCGGCGUCGGGGGCGCGGCAGACCCCGGCCGGUCCAACAAGAACCCCCUGGCCCAGAUGGAGGAGGAGAAGAAGGAGCACGAGGCCAAGAUGCAGCGCAUGGAGAAGGAGAUGGAGCAGGUCUUCGAGAUGAAGGUGCGCGAGAAGAUGCACAAGCUCAAGGAGUCCGAGGCCGACCUGCAACGGAGGCACGAGCAGAUGAAGAAGAGCCUGGAGCAGCAGAAGCUGGAGCUGGAGGAGAAGCGGAGGAACUUCGAGAAGGAGAAGGCAGCCUUCGACCUGGCCCACCGCGACAUGGACGACGUCUUCCGCAAGAUGGCCGUCGACAGCAACUCGAAAGAAUUGCGAAGGUCUGUGUCCGAAGACCACUUGGGUAGACGCAAAUGCACGCAGUACGCCGAGCCGCUCAAAAAAAACUGCAAGCAGAUGUAGGGGCUCGUGGACAACGCCCUUAGCCGUCCGUCGGGUCCAAAGGCUGCGUCGGAGCGUCCCCUCUCGGCGUGUUCUGGCCCGCUCUUCCGUUUCUUUUUGGUUUUUGUUUUGCCUUCGUUUGCUGCUUCUCGUUUUUUUUUCCCCCUUCUUCGAGCACCUUUCUGUUAUCUUCCUUUUUUUUGAGGAAGCUUUUGUUAUAGGUUCGGCAUGUUGCUUGGCCGCCUUGUUACUUGUUGUUGCACCUUUUGGUAUGCAGAAAAUGCAUGUACAUACAAGCCUUCUCAAAGUUAUUUUGUUUUAACUGCACAGCUGAAGCUGAAGUGUUGAAAUCUGCUCUAGUCACCUCUCUUUGUUUCCUCUUAUAUUCCAAAGCUUUUUUAUGUAUCAAACAAAAAAGCCAAAGCCAGCAAAAUAUAUAUAUAUAUAUUUUGUUUUACAAACCUGGUGUGCACAAACAGUCAUGUGCUACCUUGCAAAGGGCAUUCUACGUCGGAAGCCUGGGGAUUCAACGGGCAAGUGCUUGGAUGGGGGCUGAAUGUGUUCAAACAGGUUUAAUGCUGGCGCUUGCUCUGCCACCAAGCUAGAACUGUGCAACUAGACACUAAAGAAUGGGGCGUUAGUUUGGUGCAGAGAGGGCAGUGGAAGUCGGUUGAUAGCUAGUGAGUUACUGGAGGAGAAUUGUUUCCUUAACUGAGCUUUGAUCAUUGAUAAUCGGCCGAUUAUUGUUGUUUCAUGGCCCAACUUGUUUGCCUCUUUGCAACAUUGUCACACGCUUUGCAUCCGUUGCUGGAGCUUUCCGAGGCCUCGCUGCUUGUGUCUCGCGAGUGCCCUGUCAUGUGCGACGGUGUGCAGCAUGUUGUGAUGUUUACCAAGUGAAUUGUGUCUGGCAUCCUGACCUUGCCAGCUCUCCUGACCUACUUUUUCUCUCAAGCUUUGAAGCACCUCUAAGUGUGACCUCUAAGAUGCGAUUGCAGUGGAAAUAGACAACUUUGGUGCACGCACGUCUCUUCCAGCAUGGUUGUCCCGCUGUAAUUAGUGACGAGUGCAGUUUUAUCGUAAUCUAGUUGAUUGGGUGAACCCUCCACUUGGAUGCGCUGGUUUUUGUGGCGGUCUUUUAGCGGGCCGGGAAACAAGAAACCUUCCGUCCCUCUGAGAAACCUUCUCGGAGGGACGAGGAAUCUUCUUGGUUCAAAGGGAAGAAAAACCCUGUUUUUUCGUGCUGGGGGCCUGUGCAUGGUUUUGAAGCCAUUGAAAUCCAAGGUGUGUGCACCGAGGCCCAUCUGUUCCUGGAAGCCCUUGCGUGGUUGAAGGGAGCAGCUUGUCUGCCACGGAGCAGCCUACUGGCCCAGAGAGGCACCCCCCUAAACACAGCCCAACUGUUUUUGCAGACAACUGGACGGGAAGGAAAAGCGUAAGGAAAAGAAGAAAGGGCUCUUUUAGAGGGUUGAGGUCUCGCCAAGCAUUGCUGCUGCCGCGCCCGCAGCAAGAGGACCCGUGGUCGGGCGAACCGACGUCUCCCCCUUCGCCUCUGCUCUUCCCAUGCGGGUGUGCCGACGAGCAGCGGCUCCGAUAGACCUGCCCGGUUGAGAGCGUAUCUCCAGGAAGGGGAACAAGUGGAGGGUUUGCUCGCGUGCAAGCCGGACAAAGCGCUCAAAGGACCCUCGUUUAUUCGGUGCAGGACGUGUUCGUUAACUGUGUAGUGCUUUUCAAGAAUGCCAUCUCGUGUAAUUGUGCCAGUAAUGUGUCGUUUUUAUGCCGGUUGCCUCGACUCUCCGACGAUCGAGGCGGGAUUUUCUAAAGUCCGUCGUUUGCCAUGGCCGAGGAAUCUGAAAGUUCGAGGCCCGCUCACACAUACACCUGAGCGCUACUUCAGCGCUAAAAGUGGGCACUGGAAACAGCACUGACCCUGCUUAUGUGGCACUGACUUUUUACGUUAUAUAUGAUAGAGCGCCGCACUAGUGUGGACCGGCCCUAAGGCUGGUUCACACACGUAUCUCGGGGCUGCAUCAGCGCUGCAUUCUGUGUGUAUGCAAGAAAAGGCAGCAUGACACGCGUCUGAGCGCCGAUACAGUGCUAACAUAGUGCAAAGUUUGCACUUUUGCUAGUGUGCCGAAUUAGCGCUAUGGUGUAUCUGUGAACAGGCCUUUACUGCAACAGUCACAGUGUGGUCACAAACAUGUCGCAACCGAAGAACUUCUUUCAGCUCUGUAUUGGGACUUGACUGGUGCCAUAGCUAUCUCAGUCUGACCUACCUGCGCUUCACGUUGCAAUCAGUACGCCCGUCAGACAACAUUCCUACGAGCACACGUAGCAGGGCUCUGCUGAGGUGCUUUUUUUUUCACUGUGUGAAUGGUGUUUAGGAGCAAUUUAAAUGCGCCGAGAAGAGUCGUGUUUGUGCAGCGGCGCCAUUGAAACCUCGAUGCAAAGAUAUAAGGCGGAUAAUUUCUCUCGCACGGCCAAAGAAUACCGCUUGUGUUUUGCUGUUUCUUGUGUCUUUCAGUUUAUAUUUAUGUAUAGGUAUGCAUUUUUGGCUAUUUAUUUGUGCUGGCUCAGCCCACCGCUCAAGUAGAUGCCAUUGGAAAAAAAAAGAAAUUGUUUUCAUUCCUUCGUAUAAAUUUUGUUCAGUGUUUUUUUGUACAAAGGUAGUAUGAAUAAACAUUUUAAGCUAUGGAA